AUGUUUUUCGAUAAAGAUAGAAUCAUAAAAUUGAUGCAAACGAAUUAAAUAGCAUCUCCAUUAUCCUUUAAAUUAGAUUCUCCUAGAAUAUAUCCAAAUACACCUAAUUCAUAAUCAAAAUUAACUUGCGAUCUUACUUCAAGAAGCAAACUUAAAUUGAACUUUUUAGCAGAAUUAUCAGAUAAUCGAUCUUUGACAAAUCGUUAUAUGUUGAAUACCAAAAAUAAAUCCAAAUAAUCAAAAAUAUUAUAUAGUAAAGAGAAUAAGUUAGUUGAGUCAUCACUUAAAAAAAGCUAAUUAUAUCCAUCAACUGAUUUAUUACUUCAAAAUAUUAAUAUUUAAUCUCCUACUUCUACUUUUAAUGAAGAAUUCAUGAAAAUCAAUUCAAAAUUCAAUUCUGUUAAAAAAGAAGAUAAUCAUGAUCAAUGUAUAUAGAGAAAAUAGAGUAAUUCAGUAAUUUAAUUAAUGAAUAGAGAUGUAUCUUAAAUUGAGGGUUAUCAUAAUAAGUAUUCACUAAUAUUGAAAGAUAUUAUAGUUCUAUAAUGAGAUCUACAGAAAGAAUUAGAUAACAAUAUAAUGAAAUUACACUUUUGGAUUUGAAAAGUUAGAAUAUUUAUUUAUAAGUAAGAAAUUUCUAUUAACAUUCUAAAGUAAGAAAAUGUCACUCUGAAAUCUCAAUUGUAAUCUGUUCAAGAUAAUAUCAAAAAUUAAAAUAAAGAAAUUGCAAAGUUAAAAUCUAAUAUUUAAUAACUUGAAUAGUAAUAUAUAUUUUAAUACUAAAGAUAGAUUCAACAUCCAAUUAAAAGAGAAGAAUUAGAAAUCAAUAUCCACUAUUGAAAAUCUUAAUUCUUAGUUAGAAUUUGAAAGGUCAAUCUAAGAUGAUCUUAAAAAAAGUGUCAAUGAUAAUUAACAAGAACUAAAGAAAUAUACUCUAGUAAUUACAUUAAUUCUAUAUAGAUUGAAUAGGAAAUUAAGAAAAUUGAGGAUUCUCAUUUAGAAAGUAUAACUAAAAUAAAUAAAGAACUCAAAGCAUAACAAGUUUCACUUAACAUUCUUAAUCAUCAUAUUACUUGUCUAUCCUAAAUUUCAAUUCUAUUAUCUUAAAAAGAAGAAAUUCCUAUUGAUAUUUUAUUUAAAUAUAAGUAAAUCCCAUAAAUUCCUCUAAUUCUAUUGGAUUAAGAUUUAAUUGAAAAUAUUCUUAAAUCUAAUUCAAAAAUGAUAAAGGAAUUAUAUGAUUUAAUAGUAAAAUCCUUUGAAAAAAUAUCAUACAACUUUGUAUAAGAACUUUCAUAAAAUUUGCAUAAGUGA